AGCAAAUCCUUGGACUGAGAGAGAGAGAGAGAGUAUUGUGUGGCUGGCUUGGUGGCACCACCACCUAUUCAUGCCCAUUUCCUCCUUCCCCACACUAGUAAUCUCUCACCCAUCUUCAUCCCCCACUUUAACUUUGUCAUUUUCAUCAAGCCACCCCAUGGCAAACGAUGCCGUUUUCAGGGCCUCUCUAGUUUGGUUGGCUGCAGUCAUAGUGGUAGUUGGAGUAUUCACACAGUCUUUCAAGAAGAUGAUGUUAACGUACGUGGUUGGUGUGCUGGGUAUUUCUGGGUUGCUCUUGCCCGAUUGGGGUUACUUUGACCGAGACUUUUCGAGGUGGACGUCUCCGGUUUCAGCCGAGGAAAGAGCCUCUGAAGUUGCUCAAAGAUCUGGGUUAAUUAGAAGAUUUAGAAAAAAUCCUAUGAGAUCGGUUGCUUGUGCCACAGUUUAUGGGUUUGCUCUACGGAAGUGGUGGAUGUUCAUAUCAAGCUAAUGUCAAGCCAGAGAAGAUCAAUGGUGUUGGGGUACUUUCUAGUUUAUCGGUAUGUAAAUUAUGAAUGAUGACAGUUGCCAUUGCAAUAUUACUUUGGGUUCCAUAUAUAUAAGAUUUCCAAAUCCAAUUUACUUAUAAGAUAUAGCUCCAAUUUCCUCUUGGUUUGUAACAUGCUUAAUUUGGCUUAAAUUUGUGUUGAAAUUAAGGCAUGUUACGAAG